CCCACUGCCUGGCCCCCAUAGAGGCAGCCAACAUCGCAGGCAGGUUCCUGUGCCAGAGAGAACUCAGGGACACUGGGGGUGUAGGAGACACAGGAAGGUGGCCCCCCAUCCAGGCCCCAUGGGAGCCUGCUCCCUGGGAGUCAGAAGAGCAUAAGCGCGGAGGUGAAGCUGCAAGACAUCUGUGGCCCCGUCUGCCCCAGAUGUCCAGACACAACAGCCCGGGGCCAGAGAGCUUCCGGCCAGAGCUGCCCCUGUGAGUGAAUGAAUGGGGAACCGUGAUAGAGGCAGCAGCAGGGACAGCGGCUGCGGCAGUACUUGCGCCAGCUCCAGCCACAGCCUGCCGGCAGUCGGUAGCGUCGGGCUCCCGUCCCUGUCACCACCAUGGACGUCUUCAAGAAGGGCUUCUCUAUUGCCAAGGAGGGCGUGGUGGGUGCCGUGGAGAAGACCAAGCAGGGGGUGACAGAAGCUGCUGAGAAGACCAAGGAAGGCGUCAUGUAUGUGGGAGCCAAGACCAAGGAGGGUGUUGUGCAGAGUGUGACCUCAGUGGCUGAGAAAACCAAGGAGCAGGCCAAUGCUGUGAGUGAGGCUGUGGUCACCAGCGUCAACACAGUGGCCAACAAGACCGUGGAGGAAGCAGAAAACAUCGUGGUCAACACUGGAGUGGUGCGCAAGGAGGACCUGGAACCUACACCCCCAGAAGAGAAUGAAGCAGCCAAAGUGGAAGAGGAACUGGCUGAAGAGACCAAGAUUGGAGGAGACUAGAGGACAUCCAGUCAGCCUUGAAGGCCUCAAGGAACACCCCUCUGCCUUGGAACCCCAUCCCCUGUGGAGCAAGGAGUGCCUGGCCCUGAAGUGUGAGCUUCAAGGCUGUAUCUGAGCCCUCACCCCACCACCCACAGGCCUGUCUUUCAGUGCUGCCUCUGCCUUCAACUCCCUCCCACCCUCUGGUCCUUCUGACCCCACAGAUGCUGCUGUGAUUUUUUUUUCUAAUGAUCCCAAAUAAAACUCAUGUUCCCACCCCUGGACAUA